AUCCCGAGGCACUUCCUGUCCGGUCAUUGUUCUCGCGCCGGUAGGAGUCGGUUACAGUCGGGCAGUCUCCUGCCCCAGAGCUGGUGUGUCCUGACCAGGCUUUCCUGCGGUGCACGUAGAUAAUACUCAUUUUGACCCUGGGAAGAAACUCAAGAAGAAGCUUUUAAAACUGAAAGAUUUAGAUGGGUCUUGACCUUUGCUGGGCAGCCUCCAGCCAUAGGAGUUCCUCUGCUGAGCCCAGAAGAUGACUGCAGAAUUGAAAGAAGCCAUGGCCCUAGCCCCUUGGGACCCAGUGAAGGUGAAAAAGGAGGAGGAAGAAGAGGAAGAUUUCCUAGGUCAGACAUCCAGCCAAGAAGUGCAUGCUGAGAACAUCACAGUCUGCACCCCAGGAGAGGGUCUUCAGACAGGCCUUGAUGUAUCAGAAGAGGAGGAAAAGGGUCAGAACAUGUUCUGGGACAUGGCUGUAGUCCUGAAAGCAACGCAGGAGGCACCUGCUGCUUCACCCCUUGGCAGCUACUCAUUACCAGGGACUCUGGCCAAGAGCGAGAUACUGGACACUCAGGGGAACAUGAACUUUCUAGGUGUUGAAACGAAGAACUUACAGUUACUGGUUCCAAAAACUGAGAUAAGUGAUGAAGCCGAAAAACCCUUCAUAAUAUCAGGAAGAAUCCAGAAAACUGACCUUCAAGGACCUAAGUUAGGAGAAGCCUGUGAAAAAGGAAAUAUGUUAAAGAGGCAGAAAAUAAAGAGGGAAAAGAAAGAUUUCAGACAAGUAACAGUGAAUGACUAUCACUUACCUGAAAACUUCAAAGAAGAGGAAGAUCAGAAAUGUAAGAAAUCUGGGGAAAAAUGUAGCCUUAAUUCUGGCACUGUUAAAAAUCAGAAAAUACAGCCUGGGCAAAAGCCCUUUAUGUGUAGUGUGUGUGGGAAGGGCUUUAGUCAGAGUGCAAAUCUUGUUGUGCAUCAGCGAAUCCACACUGGGGAGAAACCCUUUGAAUGUCAUGAGUGUGGGAAGGCCUUCAUUCAGAGUGCAAACCUUGUUGUACAUCAGAGAAUCCACACUGGACAGAAACCUUAUGUUUGUUCAAAAUGUGGGAAAGCCUUCACUCAGAGUUCAAAUCUGACGGUACAUCAAAAAAUCCACUCCUUAGAAAAAACCUUUAAGUGCAGUGAAUGUGAGAAAGCCUUUAGUUAUAGCUCACAACUUGCUCGGCACCAGAAAGUCCACAUUACAGAAAAAUGCUAUGAAUGUAACGAAUGUGGGAAAACAUUUACCCGGAGCUCAAACCUCAUUGUCCACCAGAGGAUCCACACUGGGGAGAAGCCUUUUGCCUGCAAUGAUUGUGGCAAGGCCUUUACCCAGAGUGCAAAUCUUAUUGUACAUCAGCGAAGCCAUACUGGUGAGAAGCCAUAUGAGUGUAAAGAGUGUGGGAAAGCCUUUAGUUGUUUUUCACACCUUAUUGUGCACCAGCGAAUUCAUACUGCAGAGAAACCUUAUGACUGCAGUGAAUGUGGGAAAGCCUUCAGUCAGCUCUCUUGCCUUAUCGUCCACCAGAGAAUUCACAGUGGAGAUCUUCCAUAUGUGUGUAAUGAGUGUGGGAAGGCCUUCACAUGUAGCUCAUACCUACUUAUUCAUCAGAGAAUACAUAAUGGGGAAAAACCUUACACAUGUAAUGAGUGUGGCAAGGCUUUCAGGCAGAGGUCCAGCCUCACAGUGCACCAGAGAACCCACACGGGGGAGAAGCCCUAUGAGUGUGAGAAGUGUGGUGCAGCUUUCAUUUCUAAUUCACACCUCAUGCGACACCACAGAACCCAUCUUGUUGAAUAAUAAGUAAAGGAAAAGGAAGACCUCCAGCAUUGGUCAUGAUUUACUGCUCCCCAAAUUAGAUGCCUCUUUGCUGUUUUCUUCCUCCUUUGUGAAAACAAGGCCUGUGUCAUUAAAAGUUAAAGAGUUUUGGGCAAUGCAGCACAAAACAUAAGCAUUUCAAAGGCUAAUUUAAAGAAAAUGAAAACUGAGCACCUAAAGGCAAGGACUUUAACUGCGUUCUGAGCUGUUUUGUUUUCUGAAAUGGAAAGUGGCUUUCUUAGGAAUGGGUCAUAUGAAGCUAAGUGAUAAAGAUCCUAUUUGAGGAAAGGUCUAUUUUGCUUACUUUUGUUUUUUAAAACUCUGGUAAUGCUUGAGCAACAGGUAGAGGUUAUCUACCUGUUAGAGUUGUGGAGCUUUGAACACUGUAUUCUAGUCUUUUCAGUGACCAGUUAAGAUGAAACCAUUUGGGGUAGCAAUACUACAACAGCUCACCUAUGAACAUUAAUAAGUUUCCUCUUCCCUAGGUAAUUUUUAAAAAGCUAAUCGAAACAGAAAAAGAAAAACCUAUUAACUGUCUACUGGUCCUAAAAUGGACAGAAAUAGGAAAUGGUUAUAUUUUCCUUAUUGUCUAUACCUCCCAAACAUUAAUAUUAUAAAGCUUUAGGGACCUCUGAUAAGUCCGUUCUGACCAUUUCUCAGCCUGCAUGGCCAAGCACUCAAGGAUGGAUGGAGUCACCACACACAAGCUAUGUUCAUUUCCUAAGAUCAACAACUCAACCCCCCAAUUCCCAUCACAUUCCAUUUGGGUGUGAUGCAACCAACAGCCCCCUUCCUGGAUAGAGGAGUCAAAGAAUAAAGCUUGCCUAGAGGCAUGCCC